UCAUCCCAGCGACGAAAAUGGAUAAACACGCUAUGGGACAUGAAGCAGAUAGUUUGGCUGCUGGAGCAGCCUGGCUCCAAAUCCUUUUGAACAAUCCUGAGAAGAAAAUAAUCAAGUUGAUCCAAAAGAACCAAGAACUUGUGUCACAGAAAAUAUCACUCACUUGCUUGGGUCAAUUGAAUGUGAAUGAUAAGCCUGAGUGUAAAUGUUCUCGAUAUCUUGAGACUUUACAAGGUUGUGAUGGUCAGACAACUGAAGAUGUAUUAGAGGAGUUUCAUUCAUCUUUGCUUCUGGGUGUUUGUCCACAUGUUAUGUCCAUCCUCCAGAACUAUGAUGGAACGCAGUUACCCUCAGAAGCAACAGACAAACUGGCAGCCAAAGACAGCUUGUAUGGAAUGGUGACACGGUUGUAUAAAAAGCAUAAACAUUCUGCUGAAGUUGACAUGAACCAGUACCUGACUGAAUCCAGUGAACGAUCUGUGCAGUCAUGCAUGCUUAAGAGUCUUAUCCCCUAUUCGUGUACUGCCAGCAUUACUGUUAUUCAUGUAGCAACAGCUCUUGGAAAGCAUAAACUUCUUCGUGAGAUUUUGUCAGACAGGGUGACUCCAUUUGGCAGUUUAUGUUUUCACUUCGAAUCUGAUUACCAUAGUGUUUCUCCAUUUCAUGUCGCUGUAUUGCAUAGACAGUACAAAGCCAUUGAUAUUCUUAGGAAAAAAUUUCCAAGAAUGGCUUGCAACAUGGAUAGACAUUUUGGCCGUGGGAACAUUACUCCAUCAACCUUAGCUGCUCAUAUGAAUGAUGCAAAUGCUUUACAGCACUUACUGAAGUAUAAAACUUCUGGUGGAGGUCUGAACUCUAGAGCAUUGCUUGUUUCUCUGGAAAACCGAUCUAUGGAAUGUGCAGAGUUUCUCAUUAAAAGAAACCAUGCACGACUAGACAGUAGUGUCUUAUGUCGAGAUGUACCCUGCAUCUUUGAUUUACACAAGUCUGAUCGAACACUCAAACUGCUGAAAGAUUUAUUGGUGAAACCUGCAGAAAGAGAUUUCCUGAAGCUUUUGGUGGAUAAUGCUUGCUUCCCCAUCAACACUAUUGUUUUCUUUUGCAUUUAUUGUGAUGCCGUUGAUGCACUUAAAUAUCUACUUGAAUCCACAAAAGCUGUUUCACUUACACGUUCUCCAAAGUACAUGUGUCUGCUCAACAUGGCAACUUUUAAAAACUCACCUCGCCUUCUGAGUAUACUGGUCAAGUAUGUAGGAUGGAAACAUCUCCCGCUCUAUACACAAUGUUCACCUCUGUACUGGGCUAGAGUGAUGCAAUAUGAUGAAUGUGUUCAUAUCUUGGAAAAGUCAUCAUUAAAACAGAAAGAGCAGACUGACAGCACAAGCAUUCCUCCUUUUCUUGCUCUGCUUAUGGAGGCAAGGGCCUCGCAUUAUGAUCUGACUGGACCUGUGAUGAGGCUGAAGGAAGUUGGAUGUGACAUAAACGCCACCAAUGUGGGCGUCUCAUGCUUGAAUUUUGCCACCGAUCAGAGAAGUGCAUCUGUUUCAGUCAAAAGGAAUGGGACACUUGUUAGUCUUCUGCUUGAACUGGGAGCAGAUGUAUUUGCUACAAAGAUGUACAAUGUCCAUGGGCAAGUAAUGCAGCUGCCAAUGUUGUUGCGUCUGCUUUCUGCUAAUGUUGAUGUCGGUGGUCCACAAUCUGCAAGAACUUCCAUUGCGGAGGAUGAAAACUCUAUACCUCCAAUUAUCAUGCAGAUAGUCACAUUCCCAAUGCAGUUGUUGUUAUUACGUACUGCACACACCAUUUGCAAAGAUAAUAUUGACUUUUUGAGGUCAAAAUUGAGGGAGUAUGAUAGAAAUAGUAAAACACAUAAAGAGUUGUUUGAUCACCUCAGUGAAUACGUUGACAAUGUACAGCCAUUGCUGCGCAUCUGCAGGAAUUCUGUUCGAAGAGCAACUGGUAUUCACUUGAACAAAUUCCUAGAAAAUCAAACACUGCCAAAGAGGCUUGUCGAUAUGUUGAUGCUAAAAGACGAUUUGGAGCCAUACUGGCAGAGCUGUAAGGAGAACAGGUUUUGGAGUACUGGUUAUGGUGUGUAAUGAGACAUCCUACCUGAUCUAAUGUUUGUAGAUAUGGUUCUGACCAGUUGGACAUCCAAUGAUAUUCUGAAGUCAAGGCUGCUUUGCCAACCUCUUUACUGAAGGUUCAAUGUCAGCGUGACUACAAAGAACCCAGGCCAGCGGGAAACUACAGCCAUUUUCACAAGCAGGGCCUUUAUUUACUUAGAGAUUUGUUGAAAAUCUUCCCAGAAGAUUUGGAAUAGUUUCCAGUCUUUUGUCAGAAUAGCUCUGCCACAUAGUGUCUUUUUUUCCCCAGGUGAUAUACAGAGCCUCUGAUUGUUUAAGAAUGCACCAGCAUCGAAAAAACAGGAUUUUGUAUUUUUCAGCUUAAUUUCUUUUCUUUUCUUAGGCUAUUAAUUCUGGAAUUGGUUCACAACCAAUUAAGACUGAAAAUCAGAUUUAUUUAUUUAUUUACUUAUUUAUUUAUUUAUUUCUAUUUAUACCCCUGCCCAACUUUCGAAGGACUGGUCAGAUUUUAAUGAAACUUGAUUGGUACAAUUGUUACAGUAAUCCCUUGGCCAAGUUGGAUUAACAGCCAAUUCUGCACAUAUGUAAUGAGGCUACUGUGACCUGAUUAACUGAUUUCUUUAAUCAGGCUAUGAGAAAUAUUUCUUCACAUUAUCUUAUGAAGGAAUGAUUAGAUUUUCAGGAAACUUACUUUGUAGACUUAUUACUGUAAUUCCUUGUUCAUGUUCAUUUAUCGGCAAAUUCUAUGCAUAUGUAAUGAGACUGCUGUAAAUUGAUUGGCUGAUAUCUUUCGGCACUUUAACUGAAUGUUUUCCACACGCUAUCUUUAUAAGGACCAGAUGAAUUAUGAUGAGACUUGCUUGCUAGACUUGUUACCUUAGCUCCUUGAUAAAGUUUACUGGCAAAUUCAGCAUAAGGCUGCUGUGACCUAAUUGGCUGAUAUCUUUUCAGGUUUAUCAUGUUGCUCACUUUAAAUGUAGAUAUUUUACAAUAUGGGCGGGGGAUCUUGAUGACUAUGUCAUUGUUAUGUUUUGUUUUUUGUUUGUUUUUAUUUGGUAUAUUUUUUGCCACUCCCAAAAGUGCAAUACCAAUAAUUUACUAUGAUGAAGUAUGUGUACCUGAGGAAGGUUUUGAAUCAGUACUCCAAACUUGAGAAAAUCUAUUAAUUAAACAGGAGACUGAUAACACAAUCAAUUUUAAGUUGUAACAAUGACGUUUUUUCAAUAGGAAUGCAAGAUUUUAUUAUUUAUGCAUGUCAGAUUUUAUUUUUUGACGUAGAUUUUGAUUUGAUGAAAUCAAAUGAAAUAUUUGUCACAAAUCCAUAUCUAUUCGAUUUGAUGGAACAGUCAAUUACUAACUGUAGCAAUAUAGCACAUAUAUAUUAAAGGCUGAAUCAUUUCUGACAUUACAGUCUUUGUGAUGCAAGUUAUAUCUAUCAGUUUUAUAUUUAUCUUUAUUGCCUGGAAUCCAAAUUGUAUGUAUAUAGCCAUGUUAACGUUGGUGCCUUCUUAUGGAAUCCAUGCAUUUACCUUAACUAUCGGUGUCUAUUUUAUGUGUCAAUAAAAAUAUUUUUGUUUUAUGAAAUUUUAUAUAUUAGUAUGUCAGGUGUAUAUAUUACUAAGGCUACCUUAUUCUUUAUUGUGUAGAAAAGAGUAUAUAUACAUACAUCUGUAUUUAGGGUCCCUUAAUGCAUUAAAGUCAUUGGAAGCAUAUGAUAUUGAAAAGUAUUAAUAAUCCAUAGUUCUUCACAUUAGUUGCCUCAUGAAGCCAGGCAUUAGAUUGAAAAUCUGUAUUUGUACAAGACUUCUGUCAGUAAUGAUAAAUAAUAAGUUCCAGGCUUGUCUCAGUUUAGAGUUGUCACCAGCAGUCAUUGGGAGACACAACUUUCCAAUCCAUAAUUACAUAUUGUAAUGAGCAAGUCAUCCAUGAUGUUCAGUAAGAGACAAGCACUUUGAAUCUGAAGAUAGACCAGAUAAGUCGUGAAAUGUAAAAUAUAUCUUAUAAUAAACUGCAACAUACACCACAUUGACAAACCUUUUAUAAUGACAAAUGUACUUUCCAUACUCUCAAACCAGCAGCAAAAAAAUCUUUACAAGCCAAUGAGAAGACAGGUCAUAAACCUUGACUAUCAAAAAUGCUGAAGGAGUUUAAAGAACAGAUCUAUUUGUAUUUGAAAGAGAUGCAACAACACUGGUUGUUAGUAAAAGUAACUGCCAGUGGCUUGAUACCUUACAUGCUCAUAAUGACCUCCCACAACCCUGGAGUUUUAGCACUGAAUACUUCAGUUUAAGGGCCAAGUUGAGAAGUAAACUUUCUUAAGUCCAUUUAUAAUUUUUUCUACAAAUCAAAACUAUAAUUUCUGACAUUUUUGAUGUCAACACUGGUAGGUUGUGUAAACUGUUUUCAACAGCUUUAGUGAUUGUCAUGCACUGCCUUUUUAUUGGUUAACUGAAAAGAUGCAUUUCAAUGUGAGUUGUAUUAAGCUAUUGUGAUAUUUGUUUUUUCAUACCAAGAUC